CAGGAGCUGCUGAGGAGACUGACCCGGUCGGGCACCAUGUACCUCAUCCCUGCAGACAUUCACACAAAGCGCAUCAUCCGGUUCACGGUGACCUCGCAGUUCAGCACCGCGGAGGACAUCCUCAAGGACUGGAGCGUCAUCUCCAAAACGGCUUCCGCUCUUCUAGCUGAGACACAGGCUGUGAGUAACGCAGACCAACCAAAAUCGCAGAACGAUGACGUGAUACAAGAAAACCACCACGGUGACUCAGGCACCAGGUCUGAGGAGAGAGAGGAUGCCGUCUCCAGGCUGGACAAGGCCGAGGUGGAGCUGUGGAUUGACAAGGCUUGGAUUCGACCUCGGAGACCGAUGCGAUCUCUCAGCUGCAGCAGCGAGCCUCUGCCUUACACUUGCCUCGGUCCGCUGUCCGGCUAUGACUUUGAAAGGAGGCCUAGUCUGAAAGAUGCAACAGGCGGACCCCCAAAUGGAUCGUCAACGGCCGGAUCCGGUCCCGUGUAUAAGAUCAGGGAGAUGCCUUCAAAUCGUCUUGUUAAACAGGACCUGAAAAAGCUGACAAAGUUCUACAGCGUUCCUAGUUUCUGCAACCAGUGGGUGCAGUGUGCCCGGCACCAGCCCUGCUGCCCUGCGAAGGUUUCACAGGCCACUCAAAAACACUCGUCCUCCACCUGCAGACGAACAAACUGUAUGUGUUCCGCAGCUCCCUCUCCUACUCCACUGGAAACUGCCUCUGCCCCAAAGCUUCAGGAAUGACCUUGAAGCAGUGAAGAGUAGUUGAUACUCGCACAGUACGAUAAUUUACUUCAACAGCUGUGUUGGUGCCGGGCCUCUUGGAAAUGUUCUGAUCAUUCUGUGUCCGUGACUUGGGAUCGCUUAACUGAUUUACAAUCAUGUUUUUUAUCCUGUGAAAUAUUUCAGUACACAAUAUUCCGUAGCUUAUAUUAGUAGUUUGUGAAGCGUGCUAUACAUAAAUGCUCAUUCUGCAGGUAAUAUAUUCAUUUUGCAGCCUCUCUCAUUUAAAUCAAAUGUACCAUUUGGAAAGUGGCAAUCCAAUAAUAAACACCGAACUCAUU